AACUUUACUAUCCAGUUUAGAUCUAAGUCUAGGGCUGAAGACUUUUUAAAGUUUAUUCUAGGACUAGGCUCAUCGGGUCUAGUAACUUGAUAAAUCUAAUGGUCCUAGAUCUGAUACUAGUUCUGUGUUUCUUUUACAACUUUCAAAUGCUCCUUAAAAUUUGAAGCUAAUUACACCUUAGCCCAAACCUUUUGGUUGUUGCGGCUGAAGCACUUGACUAGUCUCGAUUGAAUUUUUGGUGUAGACUUGGGUUUUUAAUUUCUAUAUUUUUAGGACGCUUCGAAGUCCAACCAAUGUCUUGAUAUGAACAGGUAUUUUUUAUUAUUUUUUUUUCUUUUCAUUAUACAAGAGCUCUACAUCUAUUACUAAAAUGUUAUCGCUAUUUUUACUUUUGAAAAUGUCUACAGGCUUACAAGAGUUUAGCAGCUUACAACCAGUUCCUAGAUGGUUGGGUUCAAGAUAUUAUGGCUUUUAAACCACUAGCAAAGGUUCUUCACUCUCAGUGGUUAGCAGAAAAGGUACUGCAGCCCUGGAUAAGUCGAGAUGGUAUUAUUCUAUCAGCCCACUGUUCUUGUACAGUUGGACUUGGAGAGUCCUGCACUCAUGUGGCAGCCACUUUAUUUAUGCUGGAAGCCAACACCAGACUAAAAGAGAGUAAGACAGUUACAGGCUUGUCAUCUUACUGGAUAAAUCCAUCAGAGCUUAAAAAAGUUUUGCCAACUAAGGUUUCUGAGAUUGACUUCACCUCAUUAAAAAACAAAAAGUUAAAUUUGAUUCUCUUGUGAACAACAUCACUUCUAAAAAUAAAAAUUUAAAGGCUAUUAAAUCCAAAGAAACUAUAAAGCUUAGUCUAAAUAUUUUUAAUUCAUUUAUUGAAAGUAAUGAGACAACACCUUGAGGUGUUGUUCCAAUCAGAUAUUUUACUAUGUUGUGCUUAUAGGAUGGCUGCCUGGUCAUGCGGUUUGCGCGCUGGACUGUCGUUCGGAUUUAUCGACGGUCGAGGGUUAAACCCUACCCGCUCCCAUCCCCCGUCGUCCUGCGGGAGGUUUGGACUAGGAAGUAAACUAUCUUCAACUCUGAAGGAACAUCCGAAACAUGUAAAACAUUUUACAA